AAAUUGAUAUUAUAGUUUACGUAACGUAAAUUAUAGAUUUUCAGAUAUUAUAGUGAAUAUCGGAACGCAGCCCUGCGAAACCCAUCUAUUAAAGACCGAUAUCAUAGGUCGGAUGAAUAACAGCUGUGUGUAUGGAUUAUGCGUUAAAACAACAAGACUUGACGAAUAAUACCAGAAAAGUCAGAAUAAUACGCUGUAAUCUUGUGGGUGCUUUAUCUUCGCAAAUUUAUUAAUGAUAUAUAUUAAAAAUGAUGAAACAAAAAUUACCAACAAAUUGGAUUGCCGUCAGUUCUAAAAGCCAUCCGGACAGAGUAUAUUAUUUUAAUGUGAAAACAAAUCAAUCUUCAUGGACUGAGCCAGCAUUGGAUGAAACUAAUGAGAAUAAUAAUAAUAAUCAUAAAAAUCAUCGUAAAAAGAAAAAAUCUCAGACAGCAAUAACAUCCGAACACAAUGUUGUGGAUGACGAGACAUUUAGCAAACAACAAUCAAGUGGUAAAAUUGUAGAGACACCACAAAUGAAAGCAAUUCGAGAAAAAAUGCUACAAAAGCUAAUUGCCAAAGAUAAAUCUUCUUUUUCAUCAUCAAAAACUUCAACAAAAUUGACAGAAAAGAAAACAGUUACUUCUUCAACAAAAAUAUUAAAUUUGGCAAAGAAUAACGAAAUGGUAGAUAAAAAUGAUAACGAAAUAACAACAUUCACACCACAAAUGUCUGUUCUUUAUGAAAAAAUUCAACAGCGGAAUUUAAAUAAAUCUAAUUCAGAUAAAAAAUGUAAAAUAAACGCUAAGAGAAAACAGGACGACUUGAAUAUCACAAGCCCGAUAUCAAUGAAAAUACAAGAGAAUCAAGAAAAGAGUACCAGGCACCAAGAAACUGUAAAUCAAAAUAAGAAUAAUAUUGAUCAAGGUUCAAGUAGCAAAGCACAGAAUGCACAAAAAUCAUACAGCCAAAAUAUUUCAAGGAAAAAAGAACCAAAACAAAAAAAAAAUAUUGCAAAAGAAAGGAUGCGCACAUUAAGAAAAAGUUUGAGUUUUGAUAAAGAAAAACUAAAAGGAAUUGGACGUGCCAUAAUCAAUGACAAGGAGGCUCCACAAAAGCUCAGCAAAAGCUUAUCAUAUAACAAUCGCAGUUUAGGACCGACACGUGUUUAUAAAAAUGUUGAAGUACGACUUACAAGAUUACAUAACAAAAUUUUAAAGGAUGCAAUGUAUAAAAACAGUGAUAAAUUGCAGAUUCAACAAAAUAACGAACCAAUUGUGGAUAAUAUGACAAAAGAAAAAUUAAUAGAACAGGCUAAACAAGAAGUUCUGUAUGAAGAAAUGGAUUGGGAACCAAUAAAUGAUGAAGAUAUUGCACUGGAGGUCGAAGUUGUUAGAACACAAUUAAGCAACCAAAAUCAUGUGGAUAAGAUAAAUUAUAUAUCGGGGAAUACUGUAGAAUUAAUACAGCAUAACAGAACGGAACCACAGGAGAAGAGUCCACUGUAUAUUGUUGUGGAUACAAAUGUAUUUCUAUCAAAUCUAAAAAUUAUUGAAGAAGCACGAGAUGCAACAUUUAAAAAUUAUCCACGUCCUUUCAUCGUAAUUCCAUGGACUGUGAUACAUGAACUAGAUUAUAUAAAGAAUAAUAAGUCUACGCAUGAGAUAUGUGUAAAAGCUAGGAAAGCUAUAUCCUUCAUUCAUGAACAAUUUUCUUCUAAACAUCCACGUAUCAUAGGUCAAACACGAGAACAGGCAGCAAAAAAUAAAGAAGACUUUUCUCUUACUUGCCCAGAUGAUGAGAUCCUGCAAUGUUGCUUACAAAUUUGUCAAUUACAGAAAUCUGUAGUUUUAUUAUCAUAUGACAAAAAUCUCUGUAAUAAAGCUAUGAUAUAUAAUAUAUUGGCAUUGGGACGAAACGAUCCACUUGAGAAAAUAGAUUAUUAUGAUAUGAAUGACAGAGUAGUUAAUCAUUUAAAUAAUGGUCCCAUUGAAGAUUCUGUCUUUAACAAUGAAUUACAUUUCACGGAUGAUGUUUUUGAAAAUACAAAAACGAUCAUGAAAAAUUUUCUAUCAACAAUUAUCACCAAACAAAUGUCAGAAAUUUAUGGAGAGGUAGAAUGGAAGAUAUAUGUCAUUAUAAAACCACCUUGGACUGUAGUAACUGCAUUAAAGUGUGCUAUAAAGCACUGGAUUGCAGCAAUAAAUGAAUCAUUUCAACGAUAUGCUGAACACAUUUUAAAAGAAUUACUUCAAGUUUUUGAACAUUUCCCAGUUGGUGGUAGGAAACUAGAAGAUAUGGAAUACAUUUUAGAAAAGUGUAGCGAUCUAAUACAAGCAGUCAAUGUAGAUAAACAUUAUGAACUUAUGACACAAACAUUUGAUACAAUUAUGGAACUCAAGAAAAAAUAUCGUGAUUAUAUCAUUAGUAUACAACAAAAAAGAUUACAUGAUAAGAUAGGCAUUGCAGAAGAUGUCAAAGAGCAAGAAAUAAGAGCAGGAAAAGUAUUUCAAUGCUUUCAGCAUAUCUACAAUUAUGCACGUGACAUAUGUGGUACAGCAUGUAGCAAUGCAGGAAUGGCACACUCUUUUAAUUUCCAGCCUUUAUCAUUAGUACCUGCAACUAUAGAAUAUUUGCGACCAGAAUUCACAAGAAAGGUAGCUGAUUUGACACAGAAUCUCAACAAGUUACUGUUGCAAGCCGAAAAAUCCAAUAUAAAAUAUCCAACAUUAAUUAAUUUGCAACAAAAUUUAAACACAUUUUUACCUGAUAUAGAGAAUAAAACAUUUGAUGUCUCACCUUUGGAUGUAUAUUACUGUGUAAAAUUAAAAGAAGAGUCAUUGAAAACUGGAUUAAAGCAGCUACAAGAGUUAACUACACAUUUUUGUGCAUUAGCUGUUCAUACAUAAAAGUGGCAGCUUGUUCGUAAAUUCUUCUCCGCAGGAUUUUAAUUCUUCGAUUUCCUCUGGGUGAAAAAAAUCCUCCAAGAUGACAUAACCAUUUUUCUGAAACUGUUAAUUAUAUACUCGAGUAAACGUACAAUAUAAACA